CUUUUCAACCAUCCGUCCCAUCGCCACCAACGCCACCGCUCGCGAUCGUUUUGUGAAACAGCAUUAGGGGAGGAUCAAAACAGAAAAACCUACCGCACACAAUGGCGUCCUGCCGUAUCCCCGCCCUGCGGCACAUCGUCACCUCCUCGGCGCGCGCCUUCCGAGUCUCGAACCAGCGCCGCUGGGCCCAGGUCCACGACGUGCGCUUCCUCGCCACGACCCAGCAGCCCCGAACCGUCGUCGAGAAAUACCGCGCCAAGCUCGAGCAGAAGGCGCGUCAGGAGGGCGUCUCCAAUAUUGACGAGCUCAAGGCCGCCUACGCCGACAAGAUCCAGGAGCAGAGGAAGAAGGACGCCAUCUCGGUCCCCGGGCUGGACAGCCUCCUCAAUGACGAACCUGCACCCGCGGCGAUCCCCACAACAGCGACCAGCGCGUCCGAAGGCGCCCCCCAGCAGAAGCAGCCGCCGAUACCCGGCUCCUCGGGCAACGGCAUCAAGCCCCUCGACGAGAUCCUCGACCUCCCAAAGGUGCGCGACCUUCCCGACAAGGAGCUUACGGCGAUCUGGCGCCUACGUCACGCCUCCGACCCGACGAGCCUCUGCGCCGUGAUCCCGACCCCGGCAUACCGCGUGAUGGAGGCCCUCGCGAAGCAGAACCCGCAGUUCAUCCUGCCGGUGCCACACGAGGAGCAGGGCGCCGAGAUCCACUUCCUGCAGUGGGUGUUCGACAGGGCCUCGCGCACGGCGACGGUCAUGUUCACUCAGCUGGCUGAGUUCAAGGCGCGCGGCGAGUUCGCGCAGCCGCAUACGACCAUCACCCACCACACGGACCUGGCGGACGACAGGGGCGUGGUGCUGAUGCAUGGCAAGUGCCUGGAGGACCGGGGCGUCAAGACGGCGCACGCGCAGUGGCUCGUCAUGUGCCUGCAGAGGUUCUACGGCGAUGCGGAGGGUAAGGAGAGGGCUUCCGAGAGGCAGAAGCUGCUAGAAUGGUUCCGCACCGGCGACGAAAGGUUCAGCGUCGACAAGUUGAUGGAGGAGGCCGAGCGUAUUGGUUGAGUUGCGGCUUGGUGGAAAUUUUGUAGCAGAUGGGGAAAAAACAGUCAAGCAUCAAUUGCUUGUUGGUGGAAUAAAGAACAGCCGUAGUGCGCCCAGACGUGCCAUGCCGGUGCGAACUGAGGAUGUGUCAUCCUAGAAUACCUCAUCUAUGCGAGAGGCAUGGAUGAGUGACCCUUGAAGGGAUGCCUUUGUACAAAUGAUCCGAUGGGAUAUGUAGAACAAUUCAUAUAUACCAUAUUUCUA